UGGGGGGCCUGCAGCCACCCCAAACUUUGCCAUAGCCCAGUCCCAGCACCACUGCAGCCCACCCCAAGCCCAGCCCUUGCCUCCACCCAUGUGCCAGGAAGAGCCGGGGUUCAGUCAGGCACAUGGUGGCAGUGCUGGGACCAGGCUAUUGUGAAACUUGGGGUGGCUGCAGCCCCCCAUUGCCCCCUCCCAGCACUGCCGCUAUGCACCCUGAGCCUAGCCCCUGCUGAGAAGAGCCUAGCGCAGCCCUGGCUUCAGCCCGCAGCUGCAGCCUGCCCCCGUCCGCGCAGAUCUGGGGGGCACACUCCUCCCUAUGCUCUCCUGGGGUGUGUGCAGUGGUGGGAGGUGCCCCCUGGACGAGCAGCAGCUCCAUCCCACUCCCACCCUGCCUGCUAGGAAGCAUCUGCCACUGCUCCACUCCCUCCCUCAUGGCAGGGGGCAUUGAUCUGCCCCCCACCCCCCUUUCACCACAAGGGACUCAUCAGCUGCACGCAGCUCUCCAAGCUGCCGGGCUGUGGCGUCACUGCCUGCAUGCUGCGCUGUGGUUCUGCGCACGCAUGGGCGUUUAUCAGCCGCAUGGGGCCAAUUUCCGAUACAGCCAAUUUUCUUUAUACCAGUGCCGAUCUGAUAUCGGACCAACGUAUCAGUGCAGCUCUAGUGAGAACCGCAGCCUCCUGAACCCUUCCCACCAACUCCACCUUCCCCCUUUCUUUUGAAGCAAGUUUUGGUGUAAGGAGUAAUUUCUUGACUGGUGGCCAAUUUGUGCAGAGUUGGGGAGCUUCCUCAGACUGCAGUCAGAUUUAAUUUAAGAUGUAAUUGGAUUUAAUUUAAUCAAGCCUAUAUCUAUAUAGGUUUAUGACUUGUUUUUUCUGUCCCCUCAUGGUCAGCAACAGGACGACAGGGAAAACAAUUCUAGCCCACUAGUGAAAUUGCAUCUGCAAUUUAAGCAUUACAUGGUUGCACAUUUUUUCACUUGAAAAUACCAUUUGGAUCUUUUCUAACUCCUUUUUUACCAGCCACACAAGCGAAGUGCAAUGAGUGAUUUCCCCUAGCAGUGUAGUAACGUGGCCCAGUUGCCGCUGCCAUCGCAAUCAUGUGGCUGCAGCAAAAGCCAUAUUUUUUUUUUUGCUACGUGCCCUCAUUGGCGCCUGUCACUCUACUCUAGUUACGCCAGUGCUUUCUGCACAAGGACGUAUUUUGUAAGCUGAGUAAUUUUCACCAAAGGCUGACAUGCAGAAUUGUUAACAUUUGCUCUGUCCUGUCCUGGUUUGCCUGGGUUGAAAGCUGCCCUGGAGGGAGCUGUUUCUUGGCAGAGUUCCCACUGACCAGUCAGUGCCUGGAGACAAAUCAACAAAACCCCCGUGGCAGAAUCCAAGCCCUGGUUCUUGCCCCAUCACGCAGGGCAGGGCAGCGCAGCCUGUGGCGUGUCAAUGUAUGCCUCGGAGCCCCAGGAGAGGAGGGGUGCUGGGGGGAGAGAGAGAGAGAGAAAGAGACCCCUGAGAUCAAGGGGAUGGAAGGCAGGGCAGGGAGCAGAUAGUAGAGCAGCAGAUCAGGACUGAGCACAGGCAGGAAGCAAGGCAAUAGAUUGGGGAGGAGAAAGCAGAGCAGCCGAUCAGGCAGGGAGCUGGAAGCAGAGCAACAGAUCCGCGGAGAGCACGGCAACAGGGCAGGGAGGGAGGCGAAAGAGCAGCAGCUCGAGACUGAGCGCCGGGCAGGAAGCGGAGCAGAAAGCCGAGCAGCAGGCCAGGCAGGGAGCGCAGGGCAGCACGAGGCCCGUCCUCUGGGCGUUGCUAUGAACGUCAGCACGUGGGGGGCGCGGCUGUCGUUGCUACGUGGCGUCAACACGCACGGUGACGUAGCGGGCGGUGGCACACGGGGUGGGCGGGGAUGAGGCGGGGCCCCUGCUGUCUGCGGCCGGAACAUGUUACAGUUCUUACUAUGCGGCUGGAUGUUGCUGAAUAGGAUUUCCUUGGGCUUCCCUAUCAGUCUUUCUGUUGUUCAGAAUGGCAAAGAACCCUAAAUUUCAGGAAGUUACUCAUCUGUCUACAGGCUACAUCCACUGUAAAUCUCCACACAGCUUUACUGGCUACCAUUACCAUCAACCCUCCAAGAUGAGUAACAGUCACCCGCUCCGUCCCUAUACUGCUGUGGGUGAAAUUGACCAUGUUCACAUUUUGUCAGAGAAUGUCGGUGCUCUAAUGAAUGGGGAGGAGUACAGUGAUGUUACUUUUAUUGUAGAAAAGAGACGUUUUCCUGCACAUAGAGUAAUCCUGGCUGCUAGGUGCAAUUAUUUCAGAGCAUUAUUAUAUGGUGGAAUGAGAGAAUCUCAGCCAGAAGCAGAAAUCCCUCUUCAAGAUACUACUGCAGAAGCAUUUACAAUGCUGCUGAAAUAUAUCUAUACAGGCCGUGCCACACUAAGAGAUGAGAAAGAAGAGGUGCUCCUGGACUUCCUGAGCUUGGCUCAUAAAUAUGGGUUCCCAGAGCUGGAGGAUUCCACAUCUGAAUAUCUUUGCACCAUACUUAACAUUCAGAAUGUUUGCAUGACAUUUGAUGUUGCCAGUCUCUAUUCACUUCCCAAAUUGACUUGUAUGUGUUGUAUGUUUAUGGAUAGAAAUGCUCAAGAGGUGCUCUCCAGUGAAGGGUUUCUGUCUCUUUCUAAGGCUGCUCUUCUAAGUAUUGUACAAAGAGAUUCAUUUGCAGCUCCUGAGAAAGAUAUUUUCCAGGCCUUGAUGAACUGGUGUAAACAUAACCCCAAGGAAGAUCAUUCUGAAAUCAUGCAGGCAGUACGCUUGCCAUUGAUGAGUCUGACGGAACUAUUGAAUGUUGUAAGACCUUCUGGAUUACUGUCACCUGAUGCUAUCCUGGAUGCCAUUAAAAUUCGUUCUGAAAGUCGAGACAUGGACCUUAACUACAGGGGCAUGUUAAUACCAGGUGAAAACAUUGCCACUAUGAAAUAUGGAGCCCAAGUUGUGAAAGGGGAGCUGAAAUCUGCUUUGUUAGAUGGAGACACACAGAACUACGACUUGGAUCAUGGUUUUUCUCGACACCCAAUUGAUGAUGACUGCCGUUCUGGCAUUGAAAUUAAAUUGGGUCAGCCCUCAAUAAUCAACCACAUACGAAUACUACUGUGGGACAGAGAUAGCCGGUCAUAUUCCUACUACAUUGAGGUAUCCAUGGAUGAACUAGACUGGAUCCGUGUGAUUGAUCACUCAAAAUAUCUUUGUCGAUCUUGGCAGAAGCUGUACUUUCCAGCCCGUGUCUGCAGAUAUAUUCGAAUAGUUGGGACCCACAACACAGUGAACAAAGUUUUCCAUAUUGUGGCAUUCGAAUGUAUGUUUACCAACAAAACCUUCACACUUGAGAAGGGUCUGAUAGUUCCAGCUGAGAAUGUUGCAACAAUUGCAGAAUGCGCCAGUGUGAUUGAGGGUGUAAGUCGAAGUCGUAAUGCGUUGCUGAAUGGAGAUACAAAAAAUUAUGACUGGGAUUCUGGGUACACAUGCCAUCAGCUAGGCAGCGGUGCUAUUGUGGUACAGCUAGCACAGCCCUACAUGAUUGGAUCAAUACGGUUACUACUAUGGGACUGUGAUGAUCGGAGCUACAGCUAUUACAUUGAGGUUUCCACUAAUCAGCAGCAAUGGACUAUGGUGGCUGAUCGAACAAAAGUGUCCUGCAAAUCUUGGCAAACAAUAACUUUUGACAGACAACCUGCAUCCUUCAUCAGAAUAGUUGGAACUCACAACACAGCUAAUGAGGUGUUUCACUGUGUGCAUUUUGAGUGUCCAGCACAGAGCAAUACUCACAAGGAAGAGAGUAGCGAGGAAGUGGCAGCAACAGAGCUGGGGACUGUUGGACAGCAGCUUGUUUCUCACCCAGCUCGACCGUCAAGCACGAGUUCCCUGCACUCCCUCCCUGGAUCCACCUCACGUUCGCAGGUUCACCAGCCAUAAAGGAAAUUGAAAUGGAGCUUUUGCAGCCCCAAUGAUGCAAUAUGAAAUUAUUCACAACCUUCUUAGGCGGGCACCUUUUCCCUUGUUCUCAGUGAACAAAGGGAACCAUGUCCAGCAGCUGGAAAUGCUGAAAUGGAAAAGGCUUCCCAAGGACACAAAGGGGCUGCUUCAUACUCCUCAGUUUGCUCAAAUCAAGCUGGUCAUAGGGGAGGGGGUGGGGGAAGAAAAUAGGUCUUCAAUCUUCAUCAAGUCUCCCAUUAACACCCUACCUCUCUCAUCUAACCAAGGCAAGGAGAAUGGAAGGCAAUAAAAGGCAGAGCCACGUUGGAAUACAAAAAUGGUGUAUGAACAGUAGAAUGGAAGGGAUAUGAAAUAAGUAUUUGUUACCUGAAGGCACCCAUCAGCAAAGAGAAUGUUUAUCUUUAUGGAACACAGCGCUAUAAACCAUAGAUGGUUUUUAUUUUUUUAAGUUGUUCUCAAUCCAUAUUCCUUUGUAAAUGGUAAGCUAUUUUCAAAAUCAUUUUGACUCUGUGUCAUACUUGUGUUUUGGUUGUAGCAGAUGAAAUAAAAUAGAUUAGGGAAGUGGCAAGCAUGGCUACCUGUUGAGAGGCAGACUUCACUCAACUCUGCACCAAAAUGGCAAGAAAAGCCCCCAUGAUACAACAAAUUAAUUCAUAGAUGUUUAUUAAUUCUCACCCUGUUUGCCAAUAAUUCUUUGACUUAUAAGAUUGCCAUUUCUUAUGUAUAUUCAAGUGAAAAAUUCUUAGUUUAACUUACAAGUUAAGAAACAGAGUUAUUGUCCCUCUUAAAGAUGAGUAUUCAAGUUAAACAUUCAUUGCUACGAAAAUUGUUGUAGAUUUUAAAACUGGUUAUUUUUGUUUGGAAAAGCAUCUGUAUGAUUUAUAUUGCUGAUAUGCUGCUGAGCAGAGCCAGGAACACAAAAAGGAAAAUUUGCAGUCCAAUCUUUUUUUUUCCAAGAAAAGAAUAGACUGUCAUGUUCAACUAGGGAUUUAGAAAGCCACUUAUAAGCUUUUCUCAUAAUCUUCAUAAAAAGAUUUCAUUUGACUAUUACAGUUAGAUCAGGCUCUUGUUGGCUCUUGCUUUAGUAAUUUACAUCCCAGAGUUAACUAUCUUUUACAAUUCAAUCAGAUUGCCUACUUCUUUACUUAUCUUGAGCCUUUUUACCCAGAGUCAUGCAAGGUUCCCUGAUCUCCAGUUUGUGUGACUCUUAAAACACUGUGGAAUACUCGUCUUGCCAGUGUGUGAAGAAGAGGUUUUACUUUUAUACAAAUACUCACGUCAUUGGCAAAAGUCCUUAGGAAAUAUAUGUUUUUUGGAGCAUCUGCUGUCCAGGUUUUAUCAACUUGGAAAGGAUUUUUUUCCCCUUUGUGUAAAAUAGCUUUAUCAGAGUAAAAAAAACAUGUCAGAUUAGGGCUUGUUAAAUUGCAUGCAACUUUCCUUUUCUUGAGCAUAGUGAUAUAUGAUGAGUUAUAUGCUUUUUGCUGUAUUGAUAUAUCAGCUUAUCAUACUAGUGGAAUUAAUUUCUCUCUGCUGAACACCAAUUGGGCUAAAAGCAAGAAGGAAUACUGAGCAGGGUGACAGAAGCAGCAGGCAUUUAACAGAGAAGAAAAGAUGUACACUAAUUUAUUUCCUAUGAAGUUGAAUAAUUUUGUCAAGAACUUGGUAAUAGCUUUUCUUUCCUAAUCUCCAAGCCCAUCUUUAGACUUUUUGAUAUUUGUCCACCAUUUCUCACCAUCACCUGAAUCAUGAUAGUUCUCACUGGAGGCGUGUAAGCAUUGCAUUAGGUACUACACUUUGAUAUGUGCCAUCCCUUUCUCGUUGCCCUGCUAUGUAAAGGUGUCAAAGUAAUGAGAUGUUUCUGAGUAAGAAGCCAGCCCUGGCUGAUGAAUGCCAUGUGUUCAUUCUGCAACCUUCUGACUAUGCUGAAAUUCAGACCAUGUAAGUGGUACAGAACUUGUUCAUUAGCUUCAAGUACAGAAGUAAAAAACAAAAUGAGACUAAAGGUUUCUUUAAAAACAUAAAAAGAAUAAUUCCAUACUCUUGUUAUAGUCUUUGCUGGACCUAUUGAGAUGCAUGGGACGUACCUUAUCUUUCUUGGGUUGGUCCUUCAGUUUCAGAACUGACAGCACUGGCAAGAGGCUACAAAUAAAUUAAUAGCUAACUUCACUAUUCUCAGAUUGUGGAUAAAGAAAAGGACAUUAUUUUCUAGUGCUGCUAGCAUCUUGUUUCUUACCUUUGUAGGGAAUGUAAUAUAAGAAUCAAAUAGAACCAAGCCAGUUGUUCUCUGGCUUAAAUUGUCACAAGGAAAAAGCAAGAUUUAUACUUUCCAGACAUGCACAAUUAUUUUGUAGACUACAACUGAGUCAAAAACAAAAACUCCUUAAAAGCCAGUGGUCUGUACACCUCUUUGAGUUAUUUUCUCUGAACUUGUCCUCUGAUUCUUGAUAGAUCAAAGAUAUAGAAAUAUUAUAGAUUUCUUAUUUCAUCUACUGAGGUAUGAAGAAUCUGAAAUAUCAGCUGAAUAGCACAGUCAAUGUGCAAAUGAUUCUCAAAGCAAAAAGCAACAGGACCUGUAGACCUUCUAAUAUCCAAAGAAAGGAUAUCAACCAUUAUUGACACAAAUUAUUAGAAAUAUAGGAGUCUUCUGGUAGCAUGGUUUCCAGUUACAUCAUGCCUUUUUCCCCACACCCUUAAUUGCUUUUUGUGACAAUGAGGUGUUUUCAAUCUCUCUCUGAAGUGCAUCUGGAGUCAACAUAGAGUUUUCAAAACUUUAUAGGACAAAUCUUCCUGCUAUUUCCUGUUUUGUGGUUUGAAUCGCUUAGUCUUAUAUGAGAGGAAUGUUGUUAGUGGGGUUUAAAUGACAUAGUUAUUGAGCACCUCAGCUUUACUCAUUUAAAUGCCCACAAAUUCUGUUUAUUGCCUUGUAUUUUCCUGUGCUAUGAACAUUCUGUUCUCAGUAUAAUGUGCCAUUGAUGAAGCAGAAGGAAGAUAUCACAAGGAAUUCAUUUACAAUUUAGUGUAAACUUCCUCUAUUUUUUCUAAAUAUUAUGUUCAGUGUGUGAUUGCUGCUUUACUAAACUCUGAGUUUCGUAUAUGUCACCUAUCUAUACCUCUGUUUUGUCAUUUGUUUCCUGGUAGAAAGAACUAAAAUCAUAGUUGUGUUAUUUGACUAUAACAUUAGAAAGUCUGCCACUGCAGAGGGGUGAUAUAUUUUACAACUACUCUGAACUGCAUGCCACAUAUGCAUGUUUGUGAUUGACAUGGAAUAGAACUGACCAGAUGUGCUUUGGCUUUCUGACAGAGACUAUUACAUAGUUCUGUUAGCAGGUCUCUGUUAGCAAUGGCAUUUGCUUCAGUUGUCAUCACUGAGCCAUUACUCCUGUUUAGUACUUAAAUAGACUUUGAAAUCUAUGAUGAUAAACUCUGCCCUUUUUCCCCAUAUUUCAUUUCCUCCGUUUCUUUUCUUCAAUGUAGACUAGCAUCUAAGUUGGGUGGAGCUCAGAAGUGUUAUCUUGUAAAGUUUAUCUGUUCAAUGAAGUGACUCUUUCUUCUAAAUACAUUAAAAAUACUUUGUUCCCAGAAACAUUUGGUAAAAAGGAAAAAAAUGCUGACAUGUUUUUAACAAGAAUAGGACUUUAUGUGUAAAACUGAUUUCUCUGGGAAAAUGGGUUUUUGAAUUGAGCAAAAAUUGCUCAGCUCUCUUUUCAAACUAUUGUCAAACUAUUUCAGCACUCCAACAAGCUCCUGAAAGAUCAGUUUAGGCUUUCUUUAAUUUAGAAAGAAACAAAAAUAUAAUUUUGGCUUUCUAUAGCAGGGGGAAGUAGGGCACCACUGAAAUAAAUGAGUAUUUUUAUUUGUCUAUAGAGAGAUAUUUGGCAGUGUAGAGACAGUGUUCCCUAUUUCAUAAGACUUCAAUUAAGAAGUUCCUUUUGACAACGAAUAAAAGUGUUAAAAGCAAAGAAAAUUAAAUUUGUUUUCUUCCAGGAAUUUGUUUUUGUAGUAUGUUCUUUUUAUUUUAAUCUUACCUUUUGCCAAAAUGGCAUGUUCAAUUUGAAUUAUAAUGAGACAAGUUAAUCCAAGGUUGAUGUGAGAGACUUAGCACCGAAGAGAAAUCACCCUUUCUGUUGAGGAGGGAAAGUGGCUUUUCAGUGAAGCUUGCUUCUUUUAAAGCUACAUUUAUUUCUGUUUCUGCAGAAAUCAAUUCUGCAUGUUUAUCCUCACAGCAACUCCUGCUAGAGUUCAGUGUUCAUCAGUAAUGCUGGAAAAUUAAAAUGCAGUUAAUGUAUCUUCUCCUUAACUCUUUUUUAAUUAUUAUAAAAAUACGUUAGAGAAUUUUGUGUGUAGUAUCUGUCCCAGGGAGGCUCCCGUAAGAGGAAGAAAGGAAAAGGUCAUGUUAUCAGUAAUUCCAGUUCUGUAUGUAAAUGAAACAGAUUUUUCUAGGGUUACUCAGAUAAUCAGAUGUGAAGUUUUAAUAUCCCCCUGAUUGUUUAACAAUAUCGCACAUACCCAAAGUCAAUGAAGAUAGCAGAAGGUUGAGUUAAUGAAGUUUAUUAUUGCAUUAUUAAAGAGAAAUACUAAUUCUGCUUGGCCAGAAGGUAUAUUAUGCCCACCCAAGAAUGUUCAAUGCAGGAUCAGAGAUUACAUGGCACUUUUUAGAUUUUCUGACGAAUUGGAAUAUUGCACAUUAUUUUCCUUUAAAAGAGUAUUAGUUCUCUUUAUAUAAUUUUGUAAGAUGUUCAAACACUAUAGAGAUGAGCUAGGAGUAAAUGUUUAAGUAGAUACUUUGGUGAUAGUUGCAGUAUAGGUAAAUAUCAAAGCCAGUAAGAGUAAGGCUUGUAUGCAUGUGUAAAGUCAUAUUAGCUGCUACAAUGCUAAGCAUAUUUCAGAAAUAAUUUACAGGUCCUGGAGGGUUCCUGGAAGCCUGAUUAAAAUAAUCUUCUAUUUGUAUAGCUAUUAAUGUUUGUCUAGGCUAGAGUGUUUGGUCACAUUAUAACUCAGUUAAUUGCGUAUUAAUUUAAAUAAUACAAUUGUGAAUGCUAAUCUAAAGGCUCUACAAACCUUUGUUCCAGGAUACGCUGGUGAAUCAGGACAUGGAAGAGACAUUUGGAUCCUGGAACAAACAUUUGUGGUGUGUCUAAUUAAACAUUAACUUGUGUUAAUUUGACCAAACAGUUAGCUUGAGGUAAAACAGACAUUUUUCACUGGGGUCUAAACUCCUGUAGUUUAGCUUUUAUUUCCAUGGGAUAAGAGCCUGCACACAUGCAGUUACCAUGGAGCAGCUGAUAGGCAGCAAAUCACCACCCAGUUUUACCUUAUGUGACUAGUUGAUGUGUAUAUGCACUACACAAGAGACUAAUACCUGUGAAAGUGAGUAUAAAAUGCACUAAAUUUAUUUUCACACAACACAUGAGCAACUAACUAAGCAACAUUGAGACAAUAAAGCCAAGGGCACUCUAAUGUUUUGUCCAAUUGAUAGGAACUGGCAAUUUGGCUGUGUUACAUAGAAAAUAGAGUAAUUUGUAGCUCUAUCUUCAAGACAGUAGUAUGGACAACAGAAAGUAAAAAUCCCACAUGAGCCUUUUUAUGCUGUGACCCACAUUCUCCAUAUAAGAGUGAGUUUUGGUAAGGGCACUUUGGAAGUGCAUAUAUGCCACACUGGCUACCUCUGUCCUCUCCGUUUUUGUGGCUACCAUUUGGAAAAAUACAAGACUUCAUUUGAAUGCUUUGAUACAUGUAGGAUCUGUGCCUAUAUCUCAGGACAGAUUUGGGCCAUUUGUUAUACAUUUAAAAACUUACUGAAAUAUUGUAACUUAUGAAAUCACAUUGUCAUUCAUAUUAGACAGAGAAUCCAAAAGAAUGGCUGUGACAUGUAGGAGUCUUAUGUGGGAAACUGAAAAGUCCUGCCAUUUCCCAAUAGAAUGACUACAGUUUACAACUAAUGGCAGUUCAGUUACACACCAUGCAGGAGUUAGUUACUUUCAGUAAAUGAAUAACCAACCUUACUCUGAGAGUAAUGAUACCCUACUGACAUUCAUCGUUAUUACCCAGUCAGACAUCAGAGAAUUAUCUCUUUUCCCUCCACCCCCAGUCUAAUAGAAUGAUGGAUUAUAUUUUUUCUCAGAACAUUGAAAUGCAUCUGUUAUGGAAGUGCUAUGGAAAUUGCAGUUCAGAUUAUAUCAAGUAAAAAUAUUUAUGGUUGGUAACUACUAUCUUCAGAGAAGGCAAAAAGAGGGCCCCCAUCUGCUAUUACAGGCCCUGGGAUUUAGUCAAGGAGGAGGAGCUGCCUGUGAAACUGCAUUGUUGGUGCAAUAUAAAAACAGCUUCGCUCUCAGCAGUUCUGCUAGAUCUGUUUCUGUACUAUUACCUCAGCCCAUCCAAUUCUGUGUGCCAUCUUUGUUAGCCAGACCUCACUUCAGCAGAAUGUAAGUGGCUUCUUCAGAGUUUUCAUUGUUGUCCAAUGAGUCAUGAAAGCUGGCAGACACAUCAACAAAAGUGUCUGUUUUAAGGGAUCUGAAAGACUGAGAAAGUUGACUUAACUACCCCUUUCAAGCAAAAUACUGUUUAUCCAGAAGUCAGAUGUCUUCUGCAACUUGUGGAUAAACAGGGUUGUACAGUCCUCAUUAUUCAGACCAGUGCCUGCACCUUUGCAACCAUGUGCCAUGUGAUCUAACUUGGUAACAAUGUUUCAGUUUCUCCCUAUACAAAUGGUAGUGAACCUGCAUACCUAGAAGAAAAGAAUUCAUUUUGCAUGAUCACAAGUUUUAGAUUAUACAGUUACCUACUGAGUUAAAAUGACCAUGUGAGCAAUCAGUGAUAAAUACUACGUAUUAUAUUUCUUUAUGUAUACAGAUAGGUGAUGCAAAGAGGUUUCCUAUUAUUAAAUAUUCUCCUUUAAUGAAAACAUUUUGAUUGUGCCCUUGAAGUACCAUCUGCCACAGACCUUGUCUGGUAUCUUCUUCGUCUGUCUCUUGUUUCUUGCUUAAUUCAGUCACUGGUAGACAAUGACAUUUUUCAUGGGAAGAUCUCAUAGAAAUUUGACAGACUGAGAAACUAUACCUUCAGAGCAAUUGCUAAUGAGCUCAUUGCAAAGCAGCUGAAGCAGGUUUCUUCUGUUUUAUACUUUUCAGGACUGUAUAGUGCAGGAGGAAAAUAGGGGUGUUGCCUAAGAAACAUAGGAGUAUUAUAAAAAAUGGGAAGAGAUUCAUCCUAGGGUGCAAAGGGAAUUUAUAAUGACACAAUUAAACCUAGAUGCUUGCAGGGAAGUCCAAAAUACCAUGACCUGAUGUGGAGGACUGAUAAGAUUCUGCUUUGACGUGUGUGUUUGUCCACCUCUGAUAUUUUUGUAGCAAAGUUGUUCAGAUCUCCUAGUUUGGGCAUGUUGUACAAACACAAUGUACUUUAUUGGUGGCUUUAGGAGGUAAACAUUUUGAAUGAAUGUUUAAAGAGAUCAUUAACAAGUUCACUGGACUCCGUAUGUUCAGAGGAUAGCUGUGUACUUUUAUCAGUGUGGUAUUUGGUAAAAGCCUGGACUGUAGUUGCAAACAUGCAGGCAUAUAAUAUGUGGCAUAAAAAGUGUGUCUGUCACUUCUGUUUGCCUCACAUGGUGCAAUUCGUCCACCUCUAUCUUGAUUCAUUGCUCCUGUUGUUUUUCCUCUUCCCUCCACUUAAACAUUAUGCUGCUUUAGCUGCAGCCUUCCCUAGCAUUAUUCUUUACAUGUUCUUCUGAAAGUUGAUGAAUUAGAGAAGUGCUGUUCACAUCUCUGCUAAGUACCUGAGCAAAGCGUGCCAAUUCCAGUUUGUUUACUUCCGAGCUUCUAUGAUGAGUCAGAAAGCUGAGAAUUGUUAGUCUACAAUAUCCAAACUAAUCUGCCUGGCCACUGGGGAAGCACUAACCCUUCUGAAAACUGUGUUUUCAUAAUCUGCUAUGGCUCUGAUCCAGCACCCUUGAAGUCUGAAACAGAGUCACCAUCAAUAGGGGCAGGAUCAGAAUCUGUUUGGAAAUCUUUAGCUUAAAAGUUAAGCACCCACAUCAGCUUUUCUUCACUUUUGAAACACAGCAGAUGCCAUGAACAGUGAAUUUAUCUGUUGCAUGUGAAUGCUGUUUGUCUGAUGAGCUGCAAUGGCGAGAGUGAAUCUUAAAAGAAUUCACUGAUGUGUCUUUCCAGAGCAACAUACACUGAGAAGAUAAUUUAGUUAUCUCUAGAUUCAAUCAUCAGGUUAACAGCUUAGUUUGUUUUUGAGAAAUAUAACUUUCUCUUAGGACCCAGCAUCUAGUCAUUAGUAAACUAAGAUUCUAGAGGCAUGAAGUUCUUAUCAUAUUUUUUCUCACUCUUUUACUGAGUUUCAUUAUUAUCAUUUUAAAUAAUUGGGUUUUCUUUCUGGAAUGACUGUUAAUGCCAUUGUUUCAAAGCUCAUAAAAGAAACAUUAGAGCCAGGCUCAAUGUGUAUAGGAUCUGUUAUGAACUUCUCCACUCAUCUCUGUCAGUGGUGUUCUUUCCUGACUUAGAGUAAACUCAUAAUACCUGGUCCUGUUCUUUCCCUAAGAAGCAGUUGCCAGUUGUACCCUAUGAGGGUGAUUUUUGUGCAUUGCUGCUCCGUGCCACCUUUUCUCUUUACCAGGUUUCAUGGUCCUAUGCUUCCAUAGCUUGAUUCUAAACUACCUCAGACCUUAUUGUGAGAGAGAUCAGCUGAAGUUCAAGUCAGUGCUAUAGGAUGGAGCCCUUGGGGGCUCUUAAAAUGCUCGUGGAUAAGUAGAUAAACCAGCCCACCGUAUAGUGACUUCAUUUUCAGGAAUGCAUCUCCAGAGAGAGGUACUAAUUGGGAUGAGUUCACAGGCAGGCCCACUCAGGCCUCAUUCUGUGAAAACCUUUAAAAGAGCAUGACUUCUGACAGUGCCACAUGACAAAUAAAACACUUACCUUAUCCAAUCUCCUCCAUGUGUUUGAAGGAGCAUGACAUUGUUUGCACUGGACUACUGUAGCCUCUCUUUAACUGUGACAACCUCUAUAAAAAAUGCUUUGUCGGUCCACAAUGCCUGGCUGUUGAAAGAAGUUGUGCAGUUGUUGUGAACUGUGCUUAUCCUGUAGGAAUACUUCCACCCACAGCAUGCUCUUAUGACCUUGGUGACAUUUUUAUACUGCAAUGUAUUUGCAUUUCUAACCAUUUUGCCUAAUUAAGUUUUAAGUAGAACCCCAGUCCCAGAUUGUGCUGCAGUUAUGCAAUCAAUAACUUGGGAACUGUCUGGUUUUCUAAGUUGUGCAUUGGUCAAGCCAGUAAACCUCUUUAGUACUGAAUCCCUGCUGCUUUUGGAACUUAACCAGCUGGUAUGUAUAAAGCAAUUAGUUUGUAACAUGAAAUUUUCUAUGACCAUUUAGAAAGGGAGAUAUCACAGUUAUGCCGUAAGUUUUAUCUCCAAGAAAAUGUGCGAGUUUGUAGUGAAAGACCAUAGAAUUGUAAUACUGGCAUGAGACAAUCAAAGCAUGCCUAAGUAUUUGAUUAACAGCUUGUCUUAAAAGCUGGCAAUUUUGGAGAGUGGGGGAGAGUAUCCCUGGAUUUUUUUUCAAGCAUAUCAGACAGGGAGACUGCUGAAUCCACCUUCAGCUACCCAAAUUAAUGCAGGACCAGACAAUGCUCAAAGCACAUGUUAAAAGUAAAACUGCUAUGCUUUGUAUUUAUUUUUAGGGGUGUUUUUUCCUUUAAAGUAUGUAGCUUAUGCAGGAAAAAAUAUAGAUAUAUAUUUAAAAUGUUGAAAACUACAAGUGCACCUUUACAAGAAUAAUGUAGGUGUGAUUUGAGGAAUAAAGUGAUCUUUUGUGCUUAA